AUCUUCUUCUUCAUAAUUGAUUUUGGAAAAGAGGGAUGGCUUGUGUGGCUGUAACUUCAUUGAUGCGGACGAUAGAACUUGAGUUCCUGCAAUCCAAUCCACGUCUAGCUCUAAAAAAUAGAGAACAUAUCAAGUCUCUCCACGAAAAGCUUGGCUUUCUUCAGAUGUUUCUUGAGGAAUCGGAGAAGAAAGCUGACAAUUGCGAGGAUCUGAUAGCAAAAAUUAGACGAGUAGUUUCGAAAGCAGAAUAUGACAUUGAAGCAGAGGUAGCAGGGAUUCGUCGUCUGCAGACAAUGGAUCGAACCUUAAGUGGCGUACUUGAAGACGUUGAACAACUGAUGGAGAUGACUAAGAACGCCCACAAUCAUGACCUUGCUAAAGAUUUCCAAAAAAUUCAACAUUUGGGGAGUCUAUCAUCAUCACCUGGCAGCCAAUCAUCGUCCUCGCAACACUACACUUCAAAAUUUGAGGACACAAUGGUAGGGCACUACAAAGAAUUCGAGGAGUUCAAAGAUCUGCUCCUUCCAUUGUCGAAUAAUGAACCGCGAAAAGUUAUGGCGGUGGUUGGUAUGGGAGGUAUUGGGAAAACAACUUUUGCUAGAAGAAUUUUUCAUGAUUGUGCAGUGAGAUCUUAUUUCGACUGUUGCGGGUGGGUAACCAUAACUGAAGAGCACAAUAAGAGGCAAGUGCUCCUUGAUCUUUGUUGUUCUGUGAUGCCAGUAAUGCGCGAUGACUUUAAAACUCGGACCGAUGAUCAGCUAGCGGAACAACUGCAAAAAAGUUUAAAGGGACGGAGAUAUCUCAUUGUUGUGGAUGACAUAUGGAGCACUGAUGCAUGGGAUAAUAUCCAAACAUAUUUUCCUGAGCACGGGACUAGCAGUCGAAUACUAUUGACUGCUCGGCUCCAAGAGGUAGCUAGCUAUGCCUGUUCCAGUAAGUUAUGUUAUAAGAUGCGUUUUUUAGAUUGUGAUGAAAGUUGGAAUUUAUUUUGUGUGAAAAUCCAAUGGUGUUUGAACAAAGACUUUGAAACGAUAGGGAGGAAGAUUGUUGAGAAUUGUCGAGGAUUACCGCUCACAAUUGUGGUGUUAGCAGGACAUCUAUCUGCCAAGAUGGCUGUGGAUGAGUGGAAGAGUGUUGAAUCAACCUUAAACUCAUUGGUGAAUUUAGAUCUGUAUCAACACUUUUCCAGAAUACUGAAUUUGAGUUACAACAACUUGCCUUGCCAUUUGAAGAGUUGUUUUUUGUAUUUAGGAGUAUUCCCUGAAGAUAGUGAGAUUGAAAUUAAAAGGGUUAUUAGGUUAUGGAUUGCUGAGGGAUUCAUAGAAGAAGAAGAGACGACCACGCUAGAAAGAACAGGCAAAAAGUAUUUGAAGGAUCUCAUCAAUAGAAGCCUGAUUAUGAUAAGUGGGCGAGGCAGUAAUGGCAAAGUUAAAACAUGUAAGAUGCAUGAUCUAUUACAUGAGCUGUGUGCAAGCAAGGCUAAAACAGAGAAACUUCUGUGUACUAGAGACAGCAGUGGACAUGAUGAUAAGUAUAACAACCUCGUUCGUUCAGAUGGAAAUCGUUGGUUAAAUCUGACAUUGGUAUCUCAACUUCAUCAUUUGAGCAUUACUUCCAAGAAAUCUCGUUCCAUUUUAUGCUUUGAUAGGCGUGAUCGGUAUUUGCGAGUCAACUAUGUUAAGAUGAGAGCCGAGUGUUUUAAGAUGGUAAGAGUGUUGGACUUAACUGCACUUGACUAUGUUGGAAGUAUACCUUCCGAUAUAGUUCUUCUUAGAUACCUAGCUUUAGCCUCAACCCGGCUGCUGACCUCCAUACGGGUGUGGAGGAAUUGGAAUCUGCAAACACUUAUUAUUUGUGAAGAUAUCAGUGGUGUCCGUAAGCUACCUCGCGGAAUAUGGGAGUUGCCACAGUUAAGGCACCUUGAGUUAUACCACCAGCUAAUUCCAAUGUAUACUCCAGAAGAGGCUCAACUAAAUCUGCAAACAAUGUAUUGGUUGAAAUGCUUACAGUGCACAGAGGAGCAAGUGCUUUUGAGGAUUCCAAAUGUUAAAGAGUUGGGAAUACUUGCCCAAGGAUGUAGAUGCCAUCAUUGCUUCUUGGAUAAUCUUAGCUGCUUAAAUAAGCUGGAGAAGCUAAAAGUUCAGGGCAGCUAUUGUCCUGUAAAACUGCAGCCUUAUACUCUUCCACAAAGCCUCAAGAACAUUACUUUUGCAAAAACUGUAAUGCCCUGGGAAGCUAUGAACAUUAUCAGUAUGCUGCCCAAGCUUGAGGUGCUAAAACUUAAGAACCAUGCCUGUGUGGGACAAGAGUGGAAACUAACUGUGGAGAGGGGCUUCCCUGAAUUGAAGCUUUUGCUCAUUUCUGUUAUGGAUUUGAAGCAUUGGGAGCUGGCGGAUGAUGUUGAUGAUGAUCAUCCUUUCCCAAAGCUUGAGCGCUUGGUAUUGAGAAAUUGCUUUGAGUUGAAAGAGAUGCCAAGUUGGAUUGAAAACCUUAGUAAUUUGAAGUCAGUUCAGUUGGAGCAUUGCCAUGCUUCCCUUGUGACUUCUGCCAGGAUGAUUGAAAAAGAGCAACGUGAGUGCUGCGGAGAAGAAUGCGCAUUUAAUAUUCUUGAAUUCUACACUCAAUCAGAUGAAGAUCAAAACAAUAGCCAGGGAGAGGAGAUCAAAGAGGAUCAGAAGAGUAAUGAUGCGGAACAGAUUGAUGAAAUCUUCGAUGAGCAAAAGAACGAGAAAGAUAUAAAAAUGAGUGUAUUCCUUGAUGCAAGAAGUCUAUACAUCCCACACGUGAACAGUCGUCGGUAUUGGAUGUGGACUAGGGACUCCGGACAUGAGGUUGCAGAACUUGUGAACGUAUGCUGGCUUGAGAUCACAGGAACGGUGGACACCGGCUGCCUAAGCAAAAUCACUUGUUACUCUGCAUACUUAGUUUUCAAGCUUGACCCGCUGUCAGAACGCCUCGAGACGGCAGUCGCUUGUGUAAAGUAUCUCAAUGACAAGGGAAAUUACGGUGAGAAUCGACGUUGUCAGGUGUUUUUAGAAAAAUCUAAGUAUUCUGGAGACCCUGGCCAGUUCCCAGAUUGUCGCCCGGAUGGUUGGAUGGAGAUUAAGCUGGGAGAUUUUUAUGUUAGUUCCGGAAAUGAAGGUGAGGUCCAAAUGAGGCUCUGGAACACUGAACCAGAUUGGAAGUCUGGCCUUAUUGUUAGGGGUAUUGAGGUUCGACCUAUAUGAGGAACAAUUUUAAGUUAAUUUAUUGUUAUGAUGAAACCCAAACCAAAAUUAUUCGAGUUAAUUCCAGCAAUAGUCCUCCGACUAUGUUGAUUUUCCAAAAUUAGUUAAUUUGGACAA